AUGGAGAUAGCUGCAGAGAAACCAAAGGUACAAUUUAAUUUUUUUGUAGAUGAAAAGCAAAAUAAUAAUGAUUCUAAUUAUUCACAAUAUAUGAGAGAUUAUAAUAUAAAAAAUGAACCAGGUUCAUAUGAACAUAGAAGAUUAUCUUUAGAUAAAAAUAGUGAACAAAGAAGAAAAGAUUCUCCCUCAAAAAAAUAUGGUUUAUGCGUAGAUGAAAUAUGUACAUGUGGUUUUCACAGAUGUCCUAAAAUAAUAAGACCACGACCGUUUGAAGGUGAGAGUAAUUAUAGAAUUGAAUUUGGUCCCAAACCACUACCCACUCUACCACCAAGAGUAGAACAAAAGCCACCUAAAUCAUUACCAUUUGAAGGUGAAAGUAAUUAUAGAAGUGAAUUUGGACCAAAACCAUUACCCGUUUUACCACCAAGAGUAGAACAGAAACCACCUAAAUCAUUACCGUUUGAAGGAGAAACUAAUUAUAGAAGCGAAUUUGGACCUAAACCAUUGCCUCAGUUACCACCAAGAUCAGAAACUAAAUUAGUUAAAUCAUUACCGUUUGAAGGUGAAAGUAACUAUAGAAGUGAAUUUGGACCAAAACCACUACCCACUCUACCUCCAAGAAUAGAACAAAAACCACCCAAAUCAUUGCCAUUUGAAGGUGAAAGUAAUUAUAGAAGUGAAUUUGGGCCAAAACCAUUGCCUGUUUUGCCACCAAGAGUAGAACAGAAACCACCCAAAUCAUUACCGUUUGAAGGAGAAACUAAUUAUAGAAGUGAAUUUGGACCUAAACCAUUACCAGUUUUACCACCAAGAUCAGAAACUAAGUUAGUUAAAUCAUUACCGUUUGAAGGUGAAAGUAAUUAUAGAAGUGAAUUUGGGCCAAAACCAUUGCCCGUUUUACCGCCAAGAAUAGAACAAAAGCCACCCAAAUCAUUACCGUUUGAAGGUGAAAGUAAUUAUAGAAGUGAAUUUGGACCAAAACCAUUGCCCGUUUUACCACCAAGAAUAGAACAGAAACCACCUAAAUCAUUACCGUUUGAAGGAGAAACUAAUUAUAGAAGUGAAUUUGGACCUAAACCAUUACCAGUUUUACCACCAAAACAAGAAGCUAAAUUAGUGAAACCACUGGCAUUUGAAGGAGAAAGUAGUUAUAGAAGUGAAUACACAAGAAAAAUUGUUCCUGUUUGUCCAGUUACUUUAUUACCACAAUAUCCUGCACCAACUUAUCCAUCUCAACAUGUAUUUUGGGAUCCUGAAACUAAAACAUGGUAUUAA